AUGAUCAUGGGAAUGACAGCGAACAUGGGUCAAUUCAUCUCACACGCCUUUGCUUUGCUCCCUCACGUCGUCCCAGAUACUCCCGGGUCAGUGCGGGCCAGCAAGCGCAAACGAGCCCACACUGCCAUUGACGCAGAAUCUGACAAAGAUCCUAUACCACCGACAUCAAGUACGGCCUCAAAACGACAAAAGCCUGUUGCGAAGCCACGACCUGUAACUGAAGAAGUCGAUGAAGACGGCUUCCUGAAGGAUAUCAGCGUCCAGGACAUCAAUGAUGAAGCUCCCCGGAAACAACGGGAAGACAGUAGCCGCGACAUUCAAGUGUUCUUCUCUGAAGCAUUCGAGACCCAGACCUCAGAUGGGAAGAGGAGACGGCGACGGUGCAUAAAAUGCCCUAGAAAGCAUGGCGACGAGCAACCAUCAUUCGUCGCUGAUGUCAGUACACUGCGUAGACAUGUGGAGUCAAACCACCGGGCAGCAUACAUGGAUUGGUGUGCGGCAAAUGACUUCGAACCAAAACUGCCCAAGUAUCGUGCUCAGAUUCGCGAAAAGAAGGCAGCGAGCCGGCAGAAAACAUUGGAGCCACAUCUCAAGGAGAUGCCAACAUGCGCUCUACCAUAUAGUGACCAUUUAUAUCACGAGGCGGCGAUUCACUGGCUGGUAGAGAAUGACUUGCCUAUACAAGCCCUCGAACACCCAUCAUUUUGA